AGGAGGCCUUGAUACCCAGCUGCCACUGAGAAACGAUGGAUUAUUACUAUUCGAUCGUAACGGGCGCUGGAAAUCUGGCAGGACAUGUGUCCGACUGUACCUGGACUAGCACUCCCGGUACCCUCAUCCUCCUGCUACACAGAUCCUAGCUGAACAUCCUCAUCCAAAUAGAUGCAGUCUUACGAUCAUAGAGUCCAAUACGCCCCUCAACGCUACUCAUCCGUACAAGCAACGCCCUCGAGGCCUCCCCAAGUCCCUCCAAGGCCCCGCCAUGCCAGUUUUGCUGCACCCGAGUCCCUACCGCUCUCGUCACCGCGCAUGUCACAGCCCUCCAUACCCGUGAGCCUUACCCCAGGUAGACUGCGGACUGCACGUUCGACUUGGGAUGCGGCCGUCUCACUGCCUCUGACAUCGCGCCCCAGUCCAUCCGGGUUUCCACAUCCGUCUCCUCCCAGUCGCAUGACCCUCUACGGCGACUACUUCUCACAACCACAGCCCCCGUUGCUCCCUCCCCCUCCUCCCUUACCUCGGAAGCCACAUGUCCCAAUCAACCUGCGCCCACCGAUUCCGCCCAAGCCAUCUGCCCUUAUCUCAUCCGCCCAACCGAGAAAUCCUUUGUACCCACAGUCAAUAUCAACUAGUAUCGCAUCUGGACUUCCUCCUUGGUCCCCUGAUGAAUCUAGAUCUCAUUCACCAAUUGACGACGACAAGGACUUCUCAUUCCCACCGCCCCUCGCACUUCCCGCAUUGGAUAUAAAAUAUCACGAGGACAUUUUGGCUGCUCGAGAGGAGGAAGAACUUGCAAAGGCACUCGAAGAGUCGCGGUUAUUGGCAAAUGUGUUCGAUGAGCGCCCCGCCUUUACCAAUAUUGUGCACAAGAGCCCUGCAUCUACGAAGGCCAUCCCGGCCAGCGGCGAGAGUUGGCUCAACAUGAGCACUCCGUCUACCGCCCAGCAUUCACUGGAUUCCUUGCUUGACGAAACAUCUUUGCAAAAACAAUCAGAUGAUAAUAAGUGUCUUCCGCAUAAUACAAACGGGCGCCCUGUAAACGAGCUCCUCCGAUCUGCUGCGACCGAGAGCCGUGAUACACAGCCCACGUCUGCGGACUCAACCCCCGCCCCCUCCUUGUACUCCAACGUCGUAUCUAACCUAGUCGCAAAACCUACUUCCAAUGUCACCGUCACCUCCAAUACUUCUACGACGCACGUUCCUCACCUACCAGCCUCACCCGCACCAAGUUCCCUCACCCGUCCGCCUAGCGAACCCUCAGUAUCACCGCAGCCUACAACCGAGACCUACCCGACAUCCCCAUCUGUUCCUUCCGUCUCGGGUCUUAGCUCGAAUUUCACGUCAGAUAGUAGUGUGUCUGUCGGGAAGUUUUAUACUGGGGAUGUUCUCUCAAUAACUGCAAGUAGAUCCCAAGUGACGUCCGCAAGCUCCAGUCUGUCUCUGGAUUCCAAUAUCAGUCCCAACUUUUUGGAAGGAGAAGAUGACGCUGAUUCACCGAAACGUCCGGCGAUCCCGUACUCAGCAAAUCAAUACGUGGAGCCAGAGCUACUCAUGGGUGUCUCACUAGGAUUCAACUGUCCAGUGAUUUCGACUUUGUUGACGCCCAUGAAGGAACAAAUGCCCAACAUCAUUACUCUUCCAUACGGAAAACCCCCUCCUUGCUUCCUUCAAGCCCCCAGCUGGCGCCGUUUAUUGAAGUUAAUGGCUCGGCUCAGCGCCACUAGAAUAGAACCAACCGUGGAAGCGCUGAGUAUGGCUAAGCACGAGUUAAGAUUACGAACCGUUAUACAGUUCGUAAGGGUCCACCAUUCCUCGUCUGACUGGAGAACAGUCCUCUACUUCACCACUGAUAUGCCCGCCACACCGUCCGCACAUAAUUCACAGAAGUACACGAAUGGCGAUGUUGGUGUGCUGCCGUUUUCGUAUACGUUGUCUCCCCUCCCGACGCUUCUGAGAGACGGUGCAGAAUCGCAGAUGGCAAAAUACUACGUCAUCCCGUCGACGCCGACGACACCCUACCCCACUCUUCCUAUCAACUUCCCAAACCUAGCCAUGUACCUGCAGUCUGCCGUCGAAGACUCCCGCCGGGCUGCCAUUGACGGCUCCAGCGGAAUGCGGAAACUGGCACAGUUUAUUGACAGCUGCUAUCCGAAUGACACUGGGAUGGCUGCGCUCGACGGAGAUGCCCCAAAGAGAGGAGUUGGCGGGAUGCUGAAGCGGGUGAUGGGCAGGUCGAAGGGAAGGGGGAGCAGAGGGAAUGAGGAGAUCUAUGAUCUCGUGACUCCAUUCGUGUCAGAGGACUGGGGCUGAUACAGACGCGACGAGUCCCGUACGGCCUUAGAUUACCCCAACUACAGUAAAUUAUAGCAUGCACUGUACGCCAAGCUAGUCACAGUAGUACAUAGUAACCAGACAGAAGUUG